GUUAUGGUCUGUACUACAGUACUACCCAUUAGUAAUAGUUAUGGUCUGUACUACAGUACCCCCACUUCAGGGGGUCUUUUCAUCUUGCUUGUGUUAGCACCAUUGAUUGAGUUAAUGCGGAGAACCUUAGCAAACUUCACAUCCAGAAAUCCCACCUUUCUCCAACUCACCAUGUGCUGUACUCAGCCUCAUCACAUCCCAUCCUCUCACCAUUGAGCUAACUGAUAGGAGAGAACCCACCCAGCCAACCAGAUCCAUGUCUUCCAUUGCAAAGCAGACAAAAAGGAAAGACAAGCUGUUGUUUCAUACCUGUUGAGUUGAUGUAAUUUAUUCUGACUGGGUUUGACUCAAUGAAAGGAGUUUGUGUGUUCAUUGAUGGAUGUUAAGUUUGUAUGAAUGCCUUAAUGAUCCCUCUGCAGCUUAAACUCCUGCCAACCUCUGCUCUCCACCCCUACACUCCUAUUCCCUGCACCCUAAACCCCUAUCCCCACCACCCUACACCCCUCCACUCCUAUUCCCUGCACCCUAAACCCUUCAACUACACCCCUAUCCCCACCACCCUACACCCCUCCACUCCUAUUCCCUGCACCCUAAACCCCUAUCCCCACCACCCUACACUCCAGUCUCAUUAGCCAAGGGGAAUGAGCUGUAGAGAGGAUCCGGAUUUACCUCAGGAGUGCUUGUUUUUGUUUGAAUUGAAAACACUCAAUAUGCUGUAGUCUGUUGUAGAAGGGUGAAUGAUUAACACACACUUUCUCCUCCAAUCCUCACGCUCUCUCCGUCCGUCCUACGCUUCACAUUCUCUCCGUCCACUCUUCAGGGAAGAUGGUGAAAAAAGUCUGCCCCUGCAACCAACUCUGUAGGACCAGCAGCACCAACACAGUGAGUGGUCCAGGAGGCCAGGGUCCAGGAGGCCAGGGUCCAGGACCAGGGGGUCAGAACCAGGGCCAGCCUUCUCCCAACCCCCCUCAACAGGGCCGGAAGGGCACGUUCACCGACGACCUGCACAAGCUGGUUGACAACUGGGCCCGCGACGCCAUCAGUCUGUCCCAGGGCAAGAGUCGCUCCAAACAGCAACCCUCACAGGGACACAGCUACCAGGCAACCCCGUCGACCAACAAGGGCCGUAAGUUCUCCGCCCCGAGUCAGCUGUGCCCCAGCAACGCCUCUUCCACCCCCGCUACCUCUCUGGGAGGCCGCAAGGGCUCCUUGUGUCCCCUUCCCCAGUACGGCGGGGGCGGGGCAUGCUACCCCUCCUCCACUGCACCUUACAGCAGCACCCAGUGGGUGGGAUCCACGGGGUCCACAGGGCCGGGACAGGGUCAGGCCGGUGUGUUAGCCUCCUCUCAGCCCCUGGUUGCCUCCUCCUCGCAGUACCCCUCCUCUGCCACGGGGGGGCAGGGCUCCCUGCAGGGCUUCCAACACAUCAGCACUUUGCAGAAAUCCGUCAGCAACCCUGGAGGCCCCAACCUGAGGACCACGUAGUGGCCAUGAGGGGAUGUUAGCCAUGCCGGGCUGAGAGACUGACAGACUGAGGGAGAGAGACAUGAGGAGAGAAUGGUGUCUGUGUUACAAGGGGGAGAGGGGCUUGUGUGUUACAAGCGCCAUCAUGGUUGGUGGGACUGUAUUGAAUGUGAAUGAGCUGGCUGUGAAGAGGAGGAGGAGAGAGAAGAGUCAGCUGCUGUGUGAAAUAGUGCACCACACUGCCCUCUUCUGUUUCCCUGAAGGAUGACAGGAGAGGGACACACUCCCCCGCUCUCCCCCCACCCCGAGGUCAACUGUGGGCCUUGGGGGUCGAAGAAAGACGCGACAAGGAAUACCAAUGGACACGAGUGCAAUGUUAAGUGGCCAAAGAGGGUUAAUGUGACAAUUACUAUUGUAAAAUGUGUGUGUGUGGUGAUGGGCUUUGUUCCUUCACUGACUGGCUUUUACAUGUACUCUAUAGUAGAGACCAGAGCCUUGUACUGAUCUCAGAGAGGAGGGAUGGAGGAUAGUAACAGACCAAGGGGGUGGUGGUGUACUUAUGGUUGGGGGGCUGCAGUACAUAGCUAACCCCCUUUCCCCUCUCACCUAUCUGAGCCCCCCUGCCUGUUCAGCUCCUCCUGCUGGUAACUGACCUCCAGAACAGAGCUUUAAGUGACCGUACAGUACUAUACAGCUCCUCCUGCUGGUAACUGACCUCCAGAACAGAGCUUUAAGUGACCGUACAGUACUAUACAGCUCCUCCUGCUGGUAACUGACCUCCAGAACAGAGCUUUAAGUGACCGUACAGUACUAUACAGCUCCAGUAGAAGUCCAUUAUGGUAGAGUUGUGUAGCAUGUUGAGGAGAUGUGAGGAAGGUUAUGGGGUGAAGGAAUGGGCUUGUGAGGCCGAGGUGUGGGACUGGUGCCAUGUAUGUAGCUGGUCAGGCAGUGUUGACAUCCGGAACCACAUGUACUGCUAUUCCUAUAUAUCAUUUAGGAUGUACAUUGGUGUGUGUAGGUGGAGAAUCAGUAGCCUGGGGGUUCAUACUCUACCCCUCCUGUUGCCAUGGGAUGCAGUCAUAGAAACCUCCUCCUAAAUAUAAUGAAAACACAUAGUGACCUUCAUGAGGAAAACAACACAGUCCAUGACCAGAUUCACAAUGUCUUUUUUUUUUUUAAGAGUUUGGGUUUAUGAGGAUUCCAUGUUUGAUUAGUGUUUCUAUGUUUUUCCUCUGUCCCCAUUGAACUGAGGAGACUCUUCUGUAGCAUGAUGAAAGGGUUUACGCUAGGGUUGACCCUCCUAUCCAGGAACUCUCUCUCAGUAUAGGGCCUUUUAAAGAAACUACAUCUCCCAGCAUAGGGCCUUUUAAAGAAACUACAUCUCCCAGCAUAGGGCCUUAAAAAAUAACUACAUCUCCCAGUAUAGGAUCUUUAAAGAAACUACAUCUCCCAGUAUAGGACCUUUAAAGAAACUACAUCUCCCAGUAUAGGGACUUUAAAGAAACUACAACUCCCAUCUCCAUACUAACCAUCUCUACCUGAUUGGAGGGGAGUACUGUGUGUGAGACCCAUCUAUCCCAGUCUUAACUUCAGGCUUAUAGUUACGCCAUUCUAAAAUGUGCUGUAUCUGGGAGGCCGAUGAGAUCCCCAUCCCAUCCAUGGCUGGUAGUUUCCAUGGUUCUCAUGUACAUAUCCCUAAUGAGAGAGCUCCCCUGAACUAACACAGACAGGACUGAAGUAGAUUCUCUCAGACUCAACUCAAUAGUCUUCUUUUUCACGGGUGGUUUAGCUCUGAGAGGGAGUGCAGGGCGAACGGAGGGAGGUAUGUCCUGUUGGCUCUCUGUGUCACACAUGAGAUUGUUUUCACGGUUGUGAGGUAGGUUGGUGUUGGUCCUGCGUGGACCCAGAGAAGGAGAGGUCUCAGUGGGGCAGGGAGAGGACUGGACGUGGGCUGGGCUGGAGGUAGGCUGCAUGGUGGAUGGUAUGACGGUUGAAAAGUAAAGCCUUGGAUCUCCAGCAACAAAACGCUGUCUGUCCUGAGGAGGGCUUGUGAAGCUUUCAAACCUAUGAUCUAUUAGUAACAUAACAGCUUUUAUAAUCAUGAUGUUGACAGCAUUAGGGGCCUCGAUCUCUCUACUUCUGAGUCUUUUCAAUAGUGUGAUUGAAAACAAAAAUGUACAUUAUUCUAUUUAAAAAAAGGAGAAAAAAAAGACAAGUGUUCUGUAUGGACCUGUAUUUACCCAUCAGUUUUUGAUGUUGAAACACUGUGAUUAUUAUAAAUGUUGUUGGACAACAUGAGUUUAAGAAGAAAAAAAAGAUAGAAAAUACAAACAAAAAGACAGUAGGAGGAAACGUUAUGGUGGAUUGGUAAUACUUAGGCUGAAAAAAAAUACAAGGUAAAAGGCUAGCUAUUUUCCUUAUCCAGUACUUAUCGAAGACACUUUAACCUUUCUCCUCUUUGUACUUUCUUUCUAUUAGAUAAAUGUGAAUGUUAAAUGGACUCCAUUAACGUACUUGAAUAGUAACUUGGGGUGGAGUCCCAAAUGACACCCUGUCCUCUACAUGGUGUACAACUUUUCACCAGGGGCCGAUAGACCUCGAUCAGGGCCCAUGGGGCUCUGGUCAAAAGUAGUGCACUAUAUAGGGAAUAAGGUGCAAUGUAGGACUCGCCCUUGGUAUUUUCCGUCUCCUUUCGCCCCCCAGUACUCCAGUGAGAGCUCUGCUGGAGUUUAUAGUGCCUUCCAUUAUUUAUUUUGCUUAUUUUUUUAACCGUUUUUUGACAUGAUGGAGUAACAGAAGUGCUGUUGAUUUGCGCUUCGUUGAAGUGCUUUACUGGCUCUGUGGGUACAAAGGUCAAAGGUACACUGGGAAGGGGAGACGGGGGAAGGUGGGCUAGGGUAACUCGUUUCUUUUUUCUUUGCCAUUUUUUUUUUUUUGUAUUCGGGUUAAAUCAAUUUGAUUUGGGGGGGCGGAAGACAAACUUAGUCCUAGACUGCAGAGAGUAGGAAUGGAUCUGAUGGUUAAAAAAAAAAAAGUUGUUGAAGCUUGGACAACUGUGUAUUUGAAACGAAUAAAUGAACGCAGACAACAGAACAGAGUGAGGCUGAACCAGGGAUACCUAACAUUUCAAAUAGAGGGUUUGUUAGGAACGGAAUGCUUGACUGUUCCGUUAGCUGUUCUAGUGUUCCGGGAACACGUUUCAGAUACUAGAACCAUUCAUUCAGUAUGCAAGAGCUCUCUAGCUAGCACUGAGCCUAUCAUUAGACCCACUACAACAAUCAGACUAUCUUUAUUGAUGGCCUGUCCACGAAGCCUUGUGUGUGUCCAACACCAAGCAGCACGGUACACGAGCCUCGUGUUGGUGGUGAAAGAGAGGGGAGAAAGAGGUAGAUGGAAUGGAGAAGAGAAGAGAAAGUCAGUCAGUGAGAAACGGUAUUUGUAUGAAUGUCUCAAAAGAGUUCAAAAUCAGAUUGUUUUGUUGUAUAGUUACUAACCAGGCAUAAUGUGUCUCUACUGUCAGUGGAGCAGUCUUAGGCUGUGUCCCCCAAAUGGUGCCUUAUUCCCUAUAUAGUGCACUACUUUUGACCAGAGCCCUAUGGACCCUGGUCAAAAGUAGUGCACUAAAUAGAGAAUAGGGUGCCGUUUGGGACAUGAUCCUUACAGUAGUAGGUGUGACUGGGCCCUAUGCCAUUUUAAGGUGUGUACAGUGAAAGUGGGGUUGAGGUAGAAGCCAGGGCUAGUGGAGGGAGGAGAGGAGAGGUCAGGGGACUCUAUCUCCAACACAUGGCGGUAGUACUGUACACUGUGCUGCUGGGUUUGACCAACAAGUGACUUCCUCAUCACCAAUGCAAUGCUGGUGGUUCAAGCCCAGGUAUUUCAUCAUCUGCUUAAAUGCUGCCCCAGUCUCUUUAAUGAAACCACCUGUGGCUUUUAGUGCAGGUUCGUAGCUGACUGUAAAGUAGCAGACAGUCUCACCACUCACAAUGCAAACAAAUAAAUGGUUGGUUCCAUCAUUAUUAGAUUUUGUUUACAUGGAUGUUUUAGUUUUUGGUUGAUGUCCUUCUGGUCUUUUUGGAAACCUUACAAAAUGUUGUAAUGAUAGAUGAACAGUGUCUGUUUCUUUCUCGUUACCUGACAGUGUUGUAGACAGUAAAACUGGUCCAAUCUGUGUACAACAGAAUAGUUCAUUAAGACCCGUAUCCUUCUCAAAGCGACUGUACAAAACCAUUACCUGGGGUCAAACAUGUUUAAAAGUGAAUACCUUAGAAAAGUUUUUUUUUAAUAAACACUUGUCACCUUAACUACUGAUUAGCUUACAAGGACUGCUAGAUCUAUUCUGCUUACCGCUUCAGUCGUCUCUACUCACUGUAAACAUGUCCGCUACGGGAAAUCACUUGAAAAGAUAUGGUAGAUUCUCAACCAUUUAAAACCGUUAAAAACAGUUGGGGGGGUUCUUUGUAAAACGUUGCAUUUGCCUGUUUUGUGGAUUGAACUUUUCGUACUUACCGGAGGCCCUCAGUACAGUACUUACCGGAGGCCCUCAGUACAGCAGUACAGUACUUACCGGAGGCCCUCAGUACAGCAGUACAGUACUUACCGGAGGCCCUCAGUACAGCAGUACAGUACUUACCGGAGGCCCUCAGUACAGCAGUACAGUACUUACCGGAGGCCCUCAGUACAGCAGUACAGUACUUACCGGAGGCCCUCAGUACAGCAGUACAGUACUUACCGGAGGCCCUCAGUACAGCAGUACAGUACUUACCGGAGGCCCUCAGUACAGCAGUACAGUACUUACCGGAGGCCCUCAGUACAGCAGUACAGUACUUACCGGAGGCCCUCAGUACAGCAGUACAGUACUUACCGGAGGCCCUCAGUACAGCAGUACAGUACUUACUGGAGGCCCUCAGUACAGCAGUACAGUACUUAGCAAGUUUGGUUGAAGCUGUGAAGGUGACAGAAAUAUACUUUGCUUAGUUAUUUUGUUGAUGAUCGAUACUUUUGAAAAACAAAUAAAACCUUUACAAUGCCACUGCCUCAGUGCCAUUACCAUGCAGUAAUGACUUUAGCUACAUGGACAUCUGCUCUCUCUAAAGAAUACUGAGCAAUAUUUACAAUGUUUACUUCCUCUUAACUAAGUGUCGUACUGUAUGAUACAGUGGCUGCAAUGCAUAACAUGCAAUGGUGAACAGGUUAUGGUGAGAUUACAAUGGUGAACAGGUUAUGGUGAGAUUACAGUGGUGAACAGGUUAUGGUGAGAUUACAGUGGUGAACAGGUUAUGGUGAGAUUACAAUGGUGAACACCUCUGAUGGACACAUUUACACUAGCUCUGGUCCAGCUCUGUGCUCCAACGAUCAUCGUCGUGAGAGAGUAGCCGAACCGCGCCCUGGACCAGAGCUACGUUUACAUAGUUACAGAGGAGGGAAGUUACUGAAUUUACAAAGUGUAAUAAUAUUAAUUUUUACCAUCAUUCAGAAUACCGAUUGAUUCUUCUCCUGUUCUUUUCCUUGUUACUGUUACAAUACAACUCCUCCUUUUGUCCUGCAAAGUGCACAUAACAUGUUGGAAUGUCAUUUAAUUCACCGUUCGUCUGACUGACACAGAAGGGGUUCCAUAAAGAGCAUUCUAGUUUCUCUAGAUAACAUCUGGUAUGUUACCUUUUCAUCACAGCUUGUUAUACUGUAAAGUUAUUACCACAAAACAACUCUUAACGUGUACACAGCCACCCUCACAAAAACAAAACAAUUCAAGUUGAUUUAAAGUAUUUUGUUUUGUACUACUUAUCAGAAUUUUUUUGUUUUUUUGCAAUUUUAUGUCUCAAGAAACAUCUAGUGACUUAAUUCAAUGGUUUUUCCUCAUGCUGUUUAACAUUGUACAAAAAUGUUUUCAAAUAAUUAAUUGGAAAACCAAACGGAACCUGUUAGGAAUCAUUGGCAGCGUUAAACUGCAUUAAGUAGAGGCUGGCCAAGCUUCAAAUAAAACUGCGCUUUGCGCUCCAAUAAAAUACAUUUGUUACUUUAUUUGUAAACUUAAUAAAUAAAAGUAAUUUAAAUUAA